UGUUUUCUCCCCCUUCUCCUCUUCUCGUCGUGCAGGCAGCAGGCUGAGUGUGUCUCAUCCUCACUCGAUCACAGCACCAACAUCGUCGUCGACCUCCUCCUCCUCCUCAUUCUCCUCCAUCCAUCCACCCUGACAAGGACAGUGUCUCAGGAAAAAACACAGGGAGAAGGACAAUCUGAAAGCAAGAGGCAGAAAUCUCAUUGGCAAAAUGCUGGCGUGUACAGAGAUGAUCACCAUGUGUCUCCAGUCUGCCAAGCAAGAACACUUGAGAAAGCAGCAGGAGAUGGACCACAACCAGAAUCAAGGCAUCUCUCUUUUUCAUGAUAUACUGCGACGAGCAGACAAAAAUGAUGACGGGAAACUGUCCUUGGAGGAGUUCCAGUCGUACUUCACUGAUGGUAUCCUCACUGACGAGCAGAUGCAGGAGCUCUACUUCUCCAUCGACAGGCAGCAGAAAGAGGACCUGGACAUAGACAAACUCUCAGAUUAUUUCACUCCACUUCUGGGAGAAUAUGUCAAUGUCCUGUCCGCUCUGGAAAAGCUGAACGUGUCCAUUUUGAAGGCCAUGGACAAAACUAAAGAGGAGUACCAGGGUUCAUCAGUGCUUGGUCAGUUUGUGACGCGCUUCCUGCUGAGGGAGACCACCACCCAGCUCCAUUCCCUUCAGUCGUCACUGGACUGUGCCAUGGAGGCUGUUCACGACCAAGGCUGCACAGGGAAGAGGAUACUGACGAAGCCCCAGGAGCUGCCGAUCCAGAAGGCGACCAAGCGUCCUGGCCGACGUAUCCAAAAGAACAUGUGUCUCUCUCCCACUGACCCUUACUCUGGCAUGCUCACCACAGGGGUGAGUGUGGAGCCAGAUAACCCCUGGGGCUCCCAGAUCAACCACCUGGAGCAUCUCAUUGACAAACUGGACUGUGAGAGUCCACAUCUUGAGCCGCUCAAUGAGGACACAUUAGCAGGAACGUACAAAUCAAACAUUCUUCUGGUUCAGAGACAAAUGUCUGUGAAGGAGAGAGAUGUGGAGCAGUUUCAGCAAGCUCUCAAAAUCUACACAGACGCCACCAGCAGUCAAGUAAACAACCUGCAUGUUUCAGUCCAGAACCUACCAGACAGAUCAUGCUUCAUAAUGUAUGAGUUUUGGCAGGAUCGUCUCUCCUGGAUGAGUUACCUGCAGUCGUCCAUCAGUAAGACCUUCCAGCGCUGCAUUAUCGACUCACUCGAAGAGCCGGAGAUGGUCUCCACCAUGCUGCUGCCAGCUUCAUGGUGGAUUAUGAACAACAACUGACUGAGCGGAGCAGCGGUGAUUCAACACCGUAAAAGCAAGAGGCAGUUGUGAUAUAUGUUUUUGCUCCUUUUUGUUCCUUGAUAUUCAUUCUUUCCUCAUGUAAUGAUCUAGAUUGUUUUUUGCAAAGCCAGACUCUCCAAGUUUAUACAUAUAUAUAUUUAUAUAUAUAUGAAACAACAACAAAUGACUGCUUGGUAAAACAAAUUCAAAGCUUGAAAAAGAAAGAAUUUAUGCAAUAUUUUGUUGUGUGAUUACGAGGAUCUGUUCCGAAUAUUUAUUUCAAGGCGCUGGCACAUUUCUUGCUUCUGAUUUGAUGGACAGACAGGAUUUAAGAAGAAGAUUUGCAUGGUCCCCCUUUUCCUCUGUGCUAGUUUAUUUCAGUGGUCACUGUACAUCUUAUAGGUAUGUCAAUGAAAAAUAGAAACUCAUGAUAUCUCCAUCCGCCACUAUCCGUCACCCAUUCUCCCAAACGACAACAACAACAAUAAAAAAGAGAAAUAGUCAUAUAGAGUAAACCUGCAUUUCCCUGUUCUCUCUGUGGUUUUGUGCUCUGUCAUCUUCAAAGAUUUGUUACUAAGUCUUCAUUGGAUAGAACAAAGUCAAGGACUGAUUAUGGUCUACAUCGUCCAUGUGACACUUUUGCACUUUAGGGAAAUAAUUCAACAUGGACCUUAUUGUGACAAAUGGACAUUUAUUGUUAGAUUGUCUAUUGAAAAUAUAGGAUAAGCUGCUGUUUUAAUAAGCCAAGAGCUCCACCGACAUUAGCAGACGAUAAUUAACCAAAUAAUUGUUUGCCUGUACUGUUACUCUACUAAUGAAACUUCAAAGCCAUUCUUUUGCAUUAGCCAUGUAAAAUCAGAAGAGUUCUACAGCACAGUAUACACACUCGUAGAGGUUUAUAUUUUGACUACAGAAAUUGAGUAGAAAGUGUUCUGUGUGAUGAUAUUAGUAAGUUGAAAUUGUGUACAGUACUUAAUGAGAGCCGUAAGAUGUGAGUACGUGUUGUAGAUCACUGAUAAAUGUACAGUAUGAUCGUAUAUUCAGCUCUGACAAAGAGGAGAUUGUGUUCAUUUAUUUUAAUGAAGAUCACAGUUGUUAUGUGGAUGUUAUGUUGUUUUCUGGCAUGAAAUAAAGUUCGUCACAUGUUGAUGACGUAAAAAUA